UGAGCACCUCACCGUCAUGCUCACGGCAGGAGCAAGCCCAUUACCCGAAAGCGGCACAAAUUCCAAAGCCAAACAGAAGAAAUUCCAUCACAAGAGUUUCACAGGUUGUGCUACAUGCGUAAGUGUAUCUUUUCUGCCCCGUCCCACCCUGCAGGUCUUGACCAAGUCCGCUUCACUGAUCUCCUCGACCUCUGGAAGGGCGCUUUGCCUCUCGGUCAUUACUCUCCGAAAGGCUGGCACCGGCUGAUUGAUGCUACAGAGGGCUCGUCGAGUAAAAUGUACCGAGGAAAGACCGCAAUGCUCCAGAUGCAUCACGCAUGGCACUCCAUGCCCAGGGUACGUCAACCGAGUGUGGACAUUUGGGUCCGGAAGAUCCUCCGUCAGGACUGCCAGAGAGAGCGGAGAUGAGAGUCUGAUGGACCGGACCUGGGACGAAGCAGGAGUUCACCAACCGCACAUUCCCGCAGCGGUGCUUUGGAGACUUCCUUACCAUGAAUCACGGUAUGCAUCCAAUCUGGAGGUGCCAUUUGAAGCGACACCUCAGCACGAUGGCCUACAUAAGACAGACGGUACAAAGCGUUGGAAACGAGCCAUCCCAAGGGACGCAAAUACGCGGAGCGAGCUCUGUCCAGCGCCACACUCCAUCAAAGUGAUACCGAGAAGCAUGUCCGAGCCAGGAUCUGACAGCUUCAUGCUGCGGUCAUUCCAAUACUUCCGGGAAAAUUCGAUUCCAGCGUUUCUGUACGUCAAUCCGAGCCCUGGUGCCUGUCAUGUCUUUCGGAGUCUUAUACCCCGAGCCUACUUCACACAGCCAGCGCUCAAGCACUCCAUUAUAGCAGUGGCCAAUGUCCAGGAGUCUAUGGCCAGUCUGGAAGACGGCUGCCGUCUCAGGGCACUGGCGUUGAGCGAGUAUUCGAAGACUUUGAAACUCCUGAGCGACGAAGCCUCGCAACCAACGAGCCUUGUCAUGCUUCUUGCAUGCCUUCAGUGUGUCGCAUUCGAAACGCUUCAGAAUGCACCGAAGAACGCAACUUUGCAUCUCCAGAAUGGGCUCCGGGUCCUGCGACAGUGGAAACGAUCACGCCAACUUGAUAAGCGUACCUUGCACGGAGACGACCAUAUCAUUAGCAUGUACUUGGAGCCUGUCUUUGCCCACAUUGAGACUGUUUUUGUGAGGUCGGCCGCCGAGGAUAUGGAUGCCCCAGGUGAUCUGACUUACAAUCCACCGGUAUCUCCGGAGAAAUUCCAGAGUCUGCUGGAAGCAAGGGCGAAAAUGUUUGAGCUCUGGAUGUACUUCUUAAGCACGCACACUCCGGACUCAAUCAACACGCAGGAACAAUUGUUAGUUCUCCCGAUAUGGCAGGAUUGGUACGCAAAGCUGUUGCUGUGUAUGCGUGAUAUGCCCAAAUGGCCCAUACGCCAGCAGAUCAACGCCCGCAUUCUGCGCUUGCAGUACGAUGCGAGCAUUUCAGCAUUACUUUGCCAACGCAGCCGGGGCGAAAUGGUGUGGGACGAAGAGCUGGACAAAUAUCAGAGUAUACUGACCGAAUGCGCUGAGAUUUGUUAUACUCCGGGGGCUUAUGAUCCCGUCCGAGACACCAAUGGUAUGAACUUCGCCAUCAUCCCGGGAAUUCUACCGCCGUUGUGGCUGAUAGGUAUGACCUGUCGGGACCGGGCAACUCGACGCCGUGCUUUGGAGCUUCUUCGUUUACAACAUCGGAGAUGCGGACAUAUUGAUGAGUGCUCGACUGCUGUGCUUGUUGAGACGAUUUCUCGACUGGAAGAGGAAGGAUUACCACCAACUGCAACAAAGUGCAGUGAUAUCCCUGAAAGCAGACGUAUACGUGCUCUGGAGUCUGAUUUGACGAAAGCUGGGAAGUUGGUACUGACCUUUGCGAGGGCACCGCACUACACGACUCGCGAGACGAUCGAGGUGCCUUAUACGUCUACCACUGCAUUGCCAAAAUGCAAGUAUAGAUUGUGGCCGAUUGUGGCUUCAAUGAACCUGAUUGGCUACCAAGGGCUUGUUCGGCCACAUGUUGUUUCUUGUGUCUGCAAGGCAUAUGGACAAUGAAGUGGUCUGGGGCUGUGGUACUGUGAAGAAACCGGGGGUCUGACCACUGAUUCGAAUAUGCUUUGAACCUUAUACAACACUGGUGCCCACUUAUGAUGUUGGGUGGACAGAUCGAUCAGCAACUUCACCCGUACGAGAAUUGGCAGGGACUACGGCCACAGGCUGGACUCGCGGUGCAUAGAGGCAGAUACAUAUCGAAGGGCGGAGAUGUACUUAGUUCAAUUCAUGCUGUACCUAGCCGAGGAUCCUUGGGCC